AAAGGAGUCGUGCAGCCGGAAGGGAAAGGGAGCUGCAGUCGAGCGAUAACCUGGAUCUCUGGCACCAUAUAUUAUAGCCAUGUGCUUAUUGCCUCAAUCACUUUUUUCUCAGGAGCACUAUGGAUGCACGUUUUACUCGUGGAAAGUCUGCUAUCCUUGAACGUUCACUCACCAGACCCAAGACAGAUGUAAGCCUCAGUGCCUUUUCCCUGCUGUUUUCUGAGAUUGUGCAGUACUGCCAGAACAGGGUCUAUUCUGUUUCUGAGCUUCAGAACAAACUUUCUGAGCUAGGCCAGCAGGUGGGAGCCCGUAUCCUGGAUGUGCUGGUAAUGCGAGAGAAAAAUGGUAAGAGAGAAACCAAGGUCAUCAAUAUUCUGCUCUUCAUCAAGGUGACUGUGUGGAAGGCUCUCUUUGGGAAAGAAGCUGACAAGCUUGAGCAAGCCAAUGAUGAUGACAAGACCUACUACAUCAUCGAGAAAGAGCCUCUUAUCAAUACUUAUAUUUCAGUUCCCAAGGAGAACAGCACCCUCAACUGUGCCUCUUUCACUGCUGGCAUUGUGGAGGCCAUGCUCACUUGCAGUGGCUUCCCUGCUAAAGUCACAGCCCAUUGGCACAAAGGGACCACGCUCAUGAUUAAAUUUGAUGAGUCAGUUAUAGCUCGUGACAAAGCCCUGGAUGGUCGCUGACUAUAUUUUGUAUAAAUAAAUUUGAAUUGUCCUUGUGUGUGUGUGUGUGUAUAUAUAUAUAUAUAUAUAUAUAUAGGAGUAUGUAUAGAAACACACACACAUUCUAUGAUAAUGUAAUUUAUUCAUAUGUACUUUGAAAUC